AUGUCGUUCUGGUUAGCCAAGCUCUACCAUCUCCCAAGUCUUUUCGCUAAAUUUGUCCGAGAGAAUGACAACACCAAUCUCUACAUCGCCAUUCAUUGCGAAGGAUUGGAUUCCCUUUGCGGAAAAGCACGGUGGCGUCGUAUAAAAGGAGCGAGAAAAAAGUCCGGGAACAACUGCUCAAAAGGAGGGUUCCCGAAGGAAUGCUCCAGUUCUCGACCUGGACCAAUCGCAUUUUGGUACACGUGGCGAUGGCCAAAGCGACGUCGGAACACCUAA